UUCCACUUCCCGUGACUAAUAUGUUUGGCUCGUGUCUUCAGUCUUGGAUAGAUUAAGUGAUCAUCUUUAAUAACUGCUUAAUGCUUUUAAUGAUUUCCACAAUAAACGUCUGCACGUACCCGCUCUCUAGUAUGAUUUUUCUCCUUACCUCACAACAUAACACUUCUCUAGCCGACUGAAAAGUCAAGAAUGGACAGUUUUGAGCCCAAAAAAUUGGUCGAUAGUUGUCACAGGGGGGCUGUACCCUUUUAAAAAGUACACCGACCUUUGCAACUCUUAUUAGUACAACAAAUUGCUAUAAAAAAGAGUGCAUAUCAGUACCUCAAAUGUACAUUGGUACAAAAUGUAUACACAUCUGUACUUUUUUCUUUUAAAGGGUACUUCCCCAUGACAGGAUUAUUUGUUUUGAUCUUUUUUAUAGUUUGGCACACACCACUGCAUUAUCACAUACUCUGUGGUUAGAUGAAAGAGUGAAAUAGGUCACUGAAGGAAAAAACUUCAUAGGGUUUUUUUACAGAGUGAAAACAUGGGUUGAUCACGUGGUCUAUGAUGAAAUCAUCACGGUUUCGCGGUUAAUUUAAGAGCUGUUUGAGGACUAGUAUGCACCUGUCUGAACUUGGAUGACUUGAUAUUGGUUUUCUUCAGUUGUGAGAAGCUAAAUAAUCUUCGGUCUUUGACGAUACCCAUGUAAAGUUAAAACAAAAGGAUUUGUGUCUGUACAAACGUGGCAACAACCUAAAAAUGAAACAGGAAGAAGAGGAAAGUCUGGAAACAGGAGGGAACCAGGAACCUCCGAAUUCAAAACCUUGCGAGUCGAAACACAAGGACUUUGAAGAUUACGAUCUGCCUAUUAUCACCAUGGCUGACACAAUUCUUCAUCUGGAUGUUGAUUGUGGUUUUGACAACAACAACCCUUCACACAACUGUGACUGCCAGGAAAUUUUUUUAACACGCGGGAGAGAUGAGGUUGACUGCAAUUUCAAACAAACUUUGUGUAAAGAACGAAACAAUUUGUUCCUGAAAAGUUUUCUUCAUGGGAAAUAUGUCACUCCAUCAAUUAAAGAGAUUUGCUUGGAGGAUACAAUGUCAGCCAAGAUCAACAUCUACUAUCAUGCAGUGCCCAGAAAAACACGACCAGGUGUUCCAGUUUUGCUGAACUUCACAGGGACAGAAAACUUCUUUGCCUGCAUCAAGCAAGGCGAAGAAAGGAUUUUAUCAUUUACGAUGUACGACUUAAACAAGCUACGCCGCAUUUCUGCAGAUGACACAGAGAAAUGGUCCCUUGUUUUCUUCAUGUCUCAAUGUCCAAGCGGUCUCUAUCGUUUUGAGUCAGCACUUCACAGCGGAUGGUUUAUAUUUUCUCUAGACAGCAAUGUCAUGAAACUGCAAAGAGGGAAUCUAUGCGGCGAUGUUCCACUCAACACUUUUUUCUCCUUAAUCGAGAGUGAGACCACAAAAACUAUUUCGCAUUGUAAACGUUAAAUAUGGAAAUAAGUUUUGCAGAACUGUUUGAAUUUUAAGCUUUCAGAUGAAUUAGAUGAGUUUUCCACUGACUAUAUUUUGGGAAAAUUGUAUCUCAGUUGAUUGUAGCCUUGUAUGUAAGCAAAAAGGUACCAGAGACUGUGCUGCAUUGUGAAAUGAAUAAGUCAUGACUGAAGGUAGCUGACAUGAUGCGACUAUACAGCACCAGCCUUGAAUAUAAGCUACGUUAUUUUUUUAUGAAUUCUUUUAUAAAACGGUUACAAAAUAUUCAAGCAAAAAAAACUUGUAUUAACUCAAACCCUUCCUUUCGCUUGAAAAAACAACAGACCUGACGACUAUUCGUUCUAAAUAGUAUUUGAAAUAAGAAUUUGUAUGUCCCACAUAGUAUGUUAAGUAUUCUUAAAGGACACCUGUCAUGAACUGAAUCAAGAACUGGAACUGGAACUAAAUUUUUUAUAAAUACGACACAGU